ACCUGACAGAGACAAAAAACCAAAAACCCUGUCAAGAAGCCGAACCCGCUUCUCUCGCCCGGCGGUAUCUUGGCGGACGAUACAAUGCCUUCUCUCGCCUCCACCCUCUCCAAGAACUUGCUCUUCUCUACUGAUAAAUCCAGGGUCGUACUUCCCUUACCUGCCUUUCCUUCCGAUCCCAAAUCUCCUAAUAUUUACAACUGUGCCCUCUCCCGAAAUCUCAAAUGCAGCGCUGCUCCGAAAUUCCCGCCACCAUUGCAUUCCAUCAGCCGCACGGCCUCUCGACCUUUCAGUUGGGACGACGAAAAAGAACCGAGAAGAAACGCUCUCUUUUCUCCUCUGCGUGCGGUCCAGAUCUUCCCAACGGCGAAGAUUAACAGCGUUAUGACGGCCUUCUUCGUGGCCGUCUCCCUGUUCGCUUCUUCCGCGAGUGCCGCUACGCCCGAAGAGGCUUUCGUGAAGCAGACCGUUUCUUCCCACGACAUCGUCAUUUUCUCCAAAUCCUACUGUCCGUACUGUAGAGCAGCAAAAGCUGUUUUUAAAGAGUUGAACAAGGUGCCACAUGUCGUUGAGCUGGAUCAAAGAGAUGAUGGGAUGGACAUCCAAGAUGCCUUGGGAGAGAUUCUUGGGAGGCGUACUGUACCUCAAGUGUUUAUAAAUGGAAAACACCUUGGUGGCUCUGAUGACACCAUCGAUGCAUACGAAAGUGGUACACUGGCUAAGCUUCUCAGCGAUGCUCCGAAAGAUGAUCUUUGAAUUAGGAAGACGGGGCCCAUUUCCCUGGCCAUUUACAUUGAAAUCGGCAUGCUUUCUCUCUCUUAUAUAAGGUGGGAUGUAAUUCUGCUAACUUUCUAUCCUUUGCCAUCUCUACUUAAUUCUUAUGCAUGCAAGUCUCUUUGAAAUGAACACUACUGUUUACAAAUAGUCUCUAAUGUUGUUAACGAUUAUUUGGUUGAUUAGGCAAACUUUUCUUUGCA